AUGAGUCCUUCGGACCAUUGUCCGUCAUCUGAAGACGAAACGGGGGUGCCAGACAUCUUUCCCGCGUCGAUCAGUUCUCGUUGGGCAGCAGAUGCUGCUUUCACCAAGGCUGACGUGGCUGCCGCGAUAGAUUUUGCCGCUUCCAGGAUCAUCUCGUCGAAAUUCAUAGAUUCGUCCAGCCCAACAUACAGAGCUAGAAAAAUUCUAAACAGCUUAGAUAAUACAAGGAAAAAAGAGGAUAAAGAAGAUGAAUAUGAAUAUGAAAGUAGUCCCGCUCCAUCGAUUUCUGGUGAUAUGUCGUUCCUCGAUUUCGAUUCCGAUGACUCGAUGAAGGAUCCCACAUUUAAACCAGAAGUUAAAGAUAAGCAAACGACAUUUUUCGAUCUUCAAAAAACUGAGGAUGAACAGCUAAAUGAAAAGUCCCCUAAAAUUGUUAUCCUGAGUAACAUUGAUGUGUCCAAUUUCAAUCAAAUAUCGGAGACUCAAACUAAAACAACAACGAAAAAAAAGAGAACAAAGUGUAAGUUUUGUCAGACAGAUGUAACAAAUUUUGAGAGGCAUCUUGAGCGGAACCACGAUGAUACUAAAGAGGUACAAGAUAUGAUGUCUUUUCCAAAAAGCCAUCCUGAAAGGAAAAAAAUUCUAAGUUUGUUGAGAAAUGCAGCAAAUUUUACAGAGUAUCUUAAAGGCAAUGUACAGCCUAAGUAUCAUUAUAAGACAGAAUCUAAAGAAUAUUACCCAUGUUCACGCUGCAAAGCAAUGCUGUCUAAAUCGUAUUUGUCACGUCAUAAAAAAAACUGCAUACUGAAACACACGAAUAAUAAUGAAAUUCGUAAGAUGAAUUCACUAGCAGCAUCACAAACAUUAAUAGCUAGUUCUUUUGAUGAUAAUAGUAACUUGCACAAACUGAGAGUAAAAGAGGAAGUCUUUGACCGAAUGAAACCUGAUUAUAUCUCCUUGGUUGCGAAAUCCGACUACCUAAUUUAUAACUUUGGAGAAAACUAUCUCAAAAAACACAGAAGAGAACAACUCGUUACAGUUUGUUCCAAUAAAAUGAGAGAAUUGGCACGGUGGAAAGGUAGUAGACCCAUAGCUAUUCUAUUCCCUCAAACAUUACAAACCUAUAUAGAUUUCUUUGUUAAAAUCCGCCAAGAACAUCACUUAGUACCCGAAAAUAAUCCAUAUUUAUUUGGGUGUCCUGGAACUUCGAAGUGGACAAGAGGGGAUGUUAUUAUACGGAAAUUUGCCCAAGAAGCUGAUCUAGAAUUUCCCAAACAAAUAUCUUCUAACAGAUUACGGAAGCAAAUUGCAACGGUAAUGCAAAUUCUUAACCUUAGUAAGGAAGAGAGUGAACAAUUCGCCCACUUCAUGGGACAUACUGAAAAAACCCACAAUGAAUUUUAUAAGCUGCCACAAGAUGUGUACCAAACCGCAAAAAUUUCCAAACUCCUAAUGUUAAUGGAAAAGGGCGUUGACAAGUAUAAAGGAAAGUCGCUAAAUGAAAUUAAUAUUAAUCCAAUGAGUGAAUUUGCUGAAGAAGAAUCAGAUAAUGAAGAUAACGAUUUCCUAGAUGCAAAUGAAUCUGACUGUACGGCAUUUCAAGCAAUCCCGGAAGAAGAAAGUCGACCAGUAUCGAAGAAGAAAAUAUCAGGGAGGACAUUCUGGACUUCUGAACAGGCUCUUCUAGUGAAAAAACAUUUCAAGUCCCACAUUAGCACAAAAAAGGCCCCCAAAAGAAUGAAUGCAUGCAGUUAAUAGGAAAGUAUCCCGAGAUAUUCCAUGACAAAGACUGGGUUCGCG